UCCUUUACGCUUGGGACUCUGAGGGAGAAGUCAAUUAGGGGUCUCUGGACCGCACACAUGCCAGGUUCCUUACGUAUCUUCCUCCAGGUCCCCCCUCUAUCCUCCACGGCCCCAUCCAAGCCAGGGAUGAAAUUUAACGGCAAGAAGGACGCAGUUGACGCGGCGUCAAUGAACUAAGUCAAAAGCCGGGCCCUCCAACCCUAUCCCCAUCAGCAUGGUAAUCACCGCCGUCACCCCUACCCCGCGCCCUGCCCCUAGGUUCCUGUGCCAGCAAGAUGCUGGAGCGAGGCGCGGAGUCCGCGGCCGGGGCCACCGAUCCUAGUCCCACUGGCAAGGAACCGGUAACCAAAGAAGCUCCCCACCAGGGCCCACUGCAGAAGCCCAGCCAGUCAGCUCCAGGGCCCACCGCGUCCGCGAGCGUGCCUCCCCGGCCUCGCCGGCGGCCCCCGCCCCAGCGCCCGCACCGCUGUCCCGACUGUGACAAGGCCUUCUCGUACCCGUCCAAGCUGGCCACGCACCGCUUAGCACACGGCGGCGCCCGACCCCACCCAUGCCCAGACUGCCCCAAGGCCUUCUCCUACCCCUCCAAGCUGGCAGCCCACCGCCUCACGCACAGCGGCGCCCGCCCACACCCGUGCCCACACUGCCCGAAGGCCUUUGGCCACCGCUCCAAGCUGGCGGCUCACCUCUGGACCCACGCACCCACCCGCCCCUACCCGUGCCCCGACUGCCCCAAGUCCUUCUGCUACCCUUCCAAGCUGGCGGCCCACCGCCACACGCACCACGCCACCGAUGCCCGCCCCUAUCCUUGCCCGCAUUGCCCCAAGGCUUUCUCAUUUCCCUCCAAGCUGGCUGCCCAUCGCCUAUGUCACGACCCGCCAACCGCACCUGGCAGCCAGGCGAAGGCCCGGCACCGAUGCUCCAGCUGCGGCCAGGCCUUUGGCCAGAGACGCUUACUGCUCCUUCAUCAACGCAGCCACCACCAGGUGGAGCACAAAGGGGAGAGAGACUGAGCCCUCCCUUGGCUCACUGUCCCCCUCUGCCGCCAGCCCUCACCAGUAAGAGGUGGGAUUUCUAAAACCGACUGCAUGAGCUCCCUCUUCCAGAUAGCUGGCAGAGGGCAAGGCAAGGGAUUGGCCAUUUAUACUGGGCUCCAACUCAGAAGCCCGAGGAACUCUUUGCUCCUCUGCUUUGGGGAGAUCUCAAACCAUGGAGGUGGAGCUGUGCUUUGACAGCCCUGGCUCUGCUUCUCCCCACACACUUAUAUGGCAAAGGUAAAAAGUCUGCUACUAUGGUGGGUUGAUAAGGAUUGUGGGCAAACAGGCUCUCUUGUUGUUAAAAGUUUAAAUUGGUGUCUCCACUUUGGCCAUAUGACUGUAUCUAAGAAACUGAAAAUACAUGCUUGUCUCAACUCUUCCACUUGUGGAAAUUUAUUCUAUAAACUCAUGUAUGUGAAAAAAACAGUGUAUAACGGUGUUCACCACAGUGCGACUGUUGUGGCCAAAGACUGGAAGCAACUCAAGUGCCCAGGAACAGGGGACCGACUAUUGAAGUACAGCCACGGAAUGGAAUAGGUAGCAGUAGAAAAAAAAAGUGCUGUAUGUACUGAUGUGGAAAGAUCUCCCAAGAUACAUUCGGUGAUAAAAGGGUAUAGCACUGACCAUUUAAAGACAAUCAAAAGCCCAAGCUUCAGGUUGGGUGUGGUGGCUCACGCCUAUAAUCCCAGCACUUUGGGAGGCCAAGG